GGUGGUUGUCUAUGAGUGCUGUCCAGGCUACAUGAAGCUAGAAGGCAUGCAAGGAUGUCCUGCAGGUCUGUUUAUACUAGGGUGGUCCACAUCACCAGUCAUACAACCUCCGAGAUGAGGCUUCAUAGGAUUUCACGCUGUAACCACCCUAUAGCCCCUCCCUCUCCCCAUAUAGCUCCUCCCUCUCCCCAUAUACCCCCCUCCCUCUCCCCAUAUAGCCCCUCCCUCUCCCCAUAUAGCCCCUCCCUCUCCCCAUAUAGCCCCUCCCUCUCCCCAUAUAGCCCCUCCCUCUCCCCAUAUAGCUCCUCCCUCUCCCCAUAUACCCCCCCUCCCUAUCCUCAUAUAGCUCCUCCCUCUCCCCAUAUACCCCCCCUCCCUCUCCCCAUAUAGCCCCUCUCUCUCUCCAUAUAGCUCCUCCCUCUCCCCCUAUAGCUCCUCCUUCUAAUUUAGAACAUUUUGAUCCAUGCUAAGAAUUAACCUACUGCCCUGGUGGUCUGACUGUUGUCUCCUCCCUCCCUCUCUUCCUACAGUGGCUCCCAUAGCUUUUUACAUUCCAUUUUAGUCAUUUAGCAGACAUUCUUAUCCAGAGGAACUUACAGUAAUGAGUGCAUACAUUUUCAGACAUUUCUGUACUGGUCCACCGUGGGAAUCGAACCCACCACCCUGGCUUUGUAAGCACCAAGCUCUACCAACUGAGCAACACAGGACCAAUGUGUAUGGCACAUUGGGCCUGGUGAAGGCUAGGACAACCCAGGACUAACUGUCAGCCUAUAAACAUAGUAUUAAAACUAUCUUCUCCUGUCUUCUCUCUCUCUCUCUCUCUCUCUCGUCUCUCUCUCUCUCUUUCUCUCUCACUCUCUCUCUCCCUCACUCUCUCUCCUCUCUCUCUCGUCUUCUCUCCUCUCCUCUGUCUCAUCUCUCUCCAUUCUCUCUCUCUCCCCCCUCCCUCUUCUCUCUCUCCUCUCUCGUUUCUCUCUCCCUCUCUUACUCCUUUUUAUCUAUUUCUCUCUCUCCUCUCCCCUCCCCCUCCUAAUCUCCUCCUACCCCGCAUCUCCCUCAGAUCCAUCUAUCUCACAAUUAAAGGCCUCUCUACCUCUCCUGGGGUCCUGGUGUCUCACGCUCUCUCAGCCUCCUUCCUGUCUCCUCCCUCAAUCCCUCCUCUUCUCUCUCUGACUCUCUUUCUCCUCCUCACGACUCUUCUCGUCUGGUCGUCUCGUCGUCUACAUCCUUGCUCAUCGUCCUCCUCGUCACACUCGGGUUCUCCUCUGGCUCUCUCGAUCUCUGCUAGGGAGGCUCUAGACCUCUCGGUUCGAGAGGUCUCUCACUUGUUUGCCCCUCGCAACAAAGCGCCUAGGUACUAUGUGCUGACUUCUCUCGUCAUGAGUUAGGAGUCGUUAAUUUUUUCCCCUUCCCCAGGCCCAGGCCCUUUAUCAGGGGAACUGGGAAAAGGGAAAUCCCUCUGAUUCCCUUUGGGUUUUUUUUUUUUGUUUUUUUUUCCCCCCCCCCUUUCUCUCUUUUUUUUUUCCCCUCUCUUUCUCCCCCCCUUUUUCCCCCCCCUUUUUUCUCUCCUCCCCCCCCCUUUUUUCCCCUUUCCCCUUUUCCUUCCUCCCUUUCCCACCUUCCCAAUUCUCUCCAGGGCCUGGGUCCCUUUUACUUCUCUGCCUCCUCAAUCGGUCGUCUCGUCUUCUGAAAUCUCUCAGUCUCGUGUCGAACUCAGGGAGAGUCGACUAAAGUCGGAGUCUCAAAUCACUGGAUCGACGUAGGAGGAAAGUCUCUCUCUCCUCUCUCUACCUCAUCUGAGGACUGAUCUUCUCGGUCCUCUGCUACAGUCGCUCCCAUAGACCAAUGUGACUAUCCGGCACAGUGCUCCCAAGACCAUGUGUAUGGCACAUUGGGCCAGGUGAAGGCUAGGACAACACAGGAGUACUCUGACCUCUCUAAGCUGAGGGAGGAGAUCGAAGGGAAGGGAUCGUUCACUAUGUUUGCCCCUAGCAACAAAGCCUGGGACUUGCUGGACCCUGUAAGUAGACAUAACUAUAGUUAGUCAUUCUGUCAAUCAGUCAGUUAGUUAAAUAGUCAGUCAGUCAAUCAGUUAGUUAAUCAGUCAGUCAGUUAGUUAGUUAGUUAGUUAGUUAGUCAGUCAGUCAGUCAGUCAGUCAGUCAGUCAGUCAGUCAGUCAGUCAGUCAGUUAGUUAAAUAGUCAGUCAGUCAGUCAGUCAGUUAGUUAAAUAGUCAGUCAGUCAGUCAGUUAAUCAAUCAGUCAGUCAGUUAGUUAAUCAGUCAGUUAGUUAGCUAAUCAAUCAAUCAAUCAGUCAGUCAGUUGGUUAAUCAGUCAGUUAGUUAGUUAAUCAAUCAAUCAGUCAGUCAGUCAGUCAGUCAGUCAGUUAGUUAAUCAAUCAGUCAGUUAGUUAGUGAGUCAGUCAGUCAGUCAGUCAGUUAGUUAGUUAGUUAAUCAGUCAGUCAGUCAGUUAAUCAAUCAGUCAGUCAGUCAGUUAAUCAAUCAGUCAGUCAGUUAGUUAAUCAGUCAGUCAGUCAGUCAGUCAGCCAGUUAGUUAAUCAAUCAAUCAGUCAGUCAGUCAGUUAGUUAAUCAAUCAAUCAGUCAGUCAGUCAGUUAAUUAAUCAAUCAGUCAGUCAGUUAGUUAGUUAAUCAAUCAAUCAAUCAAUCAGUCAGUCAGUUAGUUAAUCAGUCAGUCAGUUAAGCCUUGUUCACAAUGGUGCUCAAAUCCAAUUUUUUUUCCCAUAUCCGAUUCGAAACAGUCUGAACACAUGGAAUCGGAUAUUUCGAACCACAUUUCAAACCACAUUCAUAGAUUCCAGAGUCAAUAUUCCAUAGGCAGCAUUGGUCACAGGAAACGAGGGGGAAGAGUCAACAAUAAGACAGUGAUCAGAGGAAGGCUCCAGGCAGAUGGAAAUGAUUCUCCAUAUGACAUUGAGAAAUAGUGCAUUGGUGGUAGUUUAAAAUAUAUUUGGAAAUAAGUUAAUAAAUAUGUAGUUCUAGGUAACCAAGAUGGUGACUACAACUAAGUUACUAAGUCUAUGACAACACUUUGUUGUUACUUUAGUGAGUAAAAACGGAUGCUUCCUGCCCUUUAAGGCCUGCAGUGUGAACAAAGCUUUAGUAUAUCAGUCAAUCAAUCAAUCAGUCAGUCAGCUCAGUUCUGUUCUGUUCAGACAGAUAGAUCUCUGCUUCCUCUCUCUAACUCUUCCUUCUUCCUCUCCAUCCCCAGGAGGUGCGUGGUGCCUUGGUGAGCAACGUGAACAUCGAGCUGUACAACGCCCUGCACUAUCACAUGGUCAACCAUCGCAUGCUAACAAAAGACCUGAAGAACGACAUGUCCAUCACCUCCAUGUAUAACAACCUAGGACUCUACAUCAACCACUACUCCAACGGGGUAUGUAUUCAACCGCUAACCCCUAGACUUAACCCCUAGCCCCCAGACUUAACCGCUAGCCCCUAGACUUAACCGCUAGCCCCUAGACUUAACCGCUAGCCCCUAGACUUAACCGCUAGCCCCUAGACUUAACCGCUAGCCCCUAGACUUAACCGCUAGCCCCUAGACUUAACCGCUAGCCCCCAGACUUAACCGCUAGCCCCCAGACUUAACCGCUAGCCCCAAGACUUAACCGCUAGCCCCCUAGACUUAACCGCUAGCCCCUAGACUUAACCGCUAGCCCCCAGACUUAACCCCUAGCCCCUAGACUUAACCGCUGGCCCCCAGACUUAACCCCUAGCCCCUAGACUUAACCGUUAGCCCCUAGACUUAACCGCUAGCCCCUAGACUUAACCGCUAGCCCCUAGACUUAACCGCUAGCCCCUAGACUUAACCGCUAGCCCCUAGACUUAACCGCUAGCCCCCAGACUUAACCGCUAGCCCCUAGACUUAACCGCUAGCCCCUAGACUUAACCGCUAGCCCCCAGACAACCCCUAGCCCCUAGACUUAACCGCUAGCCCCUAGACUUAACCGCUAGCCCCUAGACUUAACCGCUAGCCCCCAGACUUAACCGCUAGCCCCCAGACUUAACCGCUAGCCCCUAGACUUAACCGCUAGCCCCCUAGACUUAACCGCUAGCCCCUAGACUUAACCGCUAGCCCCCAGACUUAACCCCUAGCCCCUAGACUUAACCGCUGGCCCCCAGACUUAACCCCUAGCCCCUAGACUUAACCGUUAGCCCCUAGACUUAACCGCUAGCCCCUAGACUUAACCGCUAGCCCCUAGACUUAACCGCUAGCCCCUAGACUUAACCGCUAGCCCCUAGACUUAACCGCUAGCCCCCAGACUUAACCGCUAGCCCCUAGACUUAACCGCUAGCCCCUAGACUUAACCGCUAGCCCCCAGACAACCCCUAGCCCCUAGACUUAACCGCUAGCCCCUAGACUUAACCCCUAGCCCCUACCCCUGGACCCCUAGUCCCCUAGCCCCAAAACCUAGCUAGAACCUACUCCUAGACCCCUAGCCCCUACCCCUAGUCCCCUAGCCCCUACCCCUAGUCCCCUAGCCCCUACCCCUAGUCCCCUAGGCCCAACCCCUAGCUAGCCCCUACCCCUAGUCCCCUAGCCCCUACCCCUAGUCCCCCUAGCCCCAACCCCUAGUCCCCUAGCCCUACCCCUAGUCCCUAGCCCCUACCCCUAGUCCCCUAGCCCCUACCCCUAGUCCCCUAGCCCCAACCCCUAGUCCCCUAGCCCCUACCCCUAGUCCCCUAGCCCCAACCCCUAGUCCCCUAGCCCCAACCCCUAGUCCCCUAGCCCCUACCCCUAGUCCCCUAGCCCCUACCCCUAGUCCCCUAGCCCCAACCCCUAGUCCCCUAGCCCCAACCCCUAGUCCCCUAGCCCCUACCCCUAGUCCCCUAGCCCCUACCCCUAGCUAGCCCCUACCCCUAGUUCCCCUAGCCCCUACCCCUAGUCCCCUAGCCCCUACCCCUAGUCCCCUAGCCCCUACCCCUAGUCCCCUAGGCCCAACCCCUAGCUAGCCCCUACCCCUAGUCCCCUAGCCCCUACCCCUAGUCCCCUAGCCCCAACCCCUAGUCCCCUAGCCCCUACCCCUAGUCCCCUAGCCCCUACCCCUAGUCCCCUAGCCCCUACCCCUAGUCCCUAGCCCCAACCCCUAGUCCCCUAGCCCCUACCCCUAGUCCCCUAGCCCCAACCCCUAGUCCCCUAGCCCAACCCCUAGUCCCCUAGCCCCUACCCCUAGUCCCCUAGCCCCUACCCCUAGUCCCCUAGCCCCAACCCCUAGUCCCCUAGCCCCAACCCCUAGUCCCCUAGCCCCUACCCCUAGUCCCCUAGCCCCAACCCCUAGUCCCCUAGCCCCUACCCCUAGUCCCCUAGCCCCUACCCCUAGUCCCCUAGCCCCAACCCCUAGUCCCCUAGCCCCUACCCCUAGUCCCCUAGCCCCUACCCCUAGCUAGCCCCUACCCCUAGUCCCCUAGCCCCUACCCCUAGUCCCCUAGCCCCUACCCCUAGUCCCCUAGCCCCUACCCCUAGUCCCCUAGCCCCAACCCCUAGUCCCCUAGCCCUACCCCUAGUCCCCUAGCCCUACCCCUAGUCCCCUAGCCCCAACCCCUAGUCCCCUAGCCCCUACCCCUAGUCCCCUAGCCCCUACCCCUAGUCCCCUAGCCCCUACCCCUAGUCCCCUAGCCCCUACCCCCUAGUCCCCUAGCCCCUACCCCCUAGUCCCCUAGCCCCUACCCCUAGUCCCCUAGCCCCUACCCCUAGUCCCCUAGCCCCAACCCCUAGUCCCCUAGCCCCUACCCUUAGCCCAACUAGAACUCCUCUCCAGGAACAGGGUUGGGCAGUGCUGCCCUAGACCCUAGACCACAAAAUGUCUAUCACCUCCAUGUACAUCAACCUUAGAAUCAACGGGAUACGUGCCUGUCUGGUCCAUAAUUAAACCCUAGCCCCUAGACUUCUAAUGGGAUAUGUGCCUGUCUGGUCCAUAAUUAAACCCUAGCCCCUAGACUUCUAAUGGGAUAUGUGCCUGUCUGGUCCAUAAUUAAACCCUAGCCCCUAGACUUCUAAUGGGAUAUGUGCCUGUCUGGUCCAUAAUUAAACCCUAGCCCCUAGACUUCUAAUGGGAUAUGUGCCUGUCUGGUCCAAAAUUAAACCCUAGCCCCUAGACUUCUAACGGGUUAUGUGCCUGUCUGGUCCAUAAUUAAAUGCCAGCCCUUAGACUUCUCUCAUAGACCCCAUCAGUAAAUGAGAAUGUGUUCUCAGUCAAAAUAAAUAUAUCAGACCAUACAAGAUUGAAUAUGUCACGAUCGUCAGGGAGAGAAGUAGACCAAUGCGCAGCGUGAUGAAUGAACAUGUUACUUUAUUAUAUUAAAGCACGAACAAAAACAAUAAACGACUCGUGAAGUCCACGGUGACAAUGACCGAACACGGAACAAGAACCCACAAACACAAAAGGAAAACAGACAGUAUAAAUAUGGCUCCCAAUUAAGAGACAACCAGCCAACAGCUGACACUCGUUGCCUCUGAUUGGGAGUCACUCAGGCCAACAUAGAAAUACACAACCUAGAACACCCAACAUAGAAACAGAACACAUAGAAUGAACACACCCUGGCUCAACAUAAAGAGUCCCAGAGCCAGGGUGUGACAGUACCCCCCCCCUAAAGGCGCGGACUGCGACCGCGCCUCAAUAAGAGCAAAACAGGGGAGGGCUGGGUGGGCAUACCUCCUCGGCGGCGGUUCUGGCUCCGGCCUUGCCCACCACCCUCCAAUAAUCCCCCCAUAGCGCCCCUGGUCCGGUCUGGCCCCGCUGGCUGGAGCUGACCUGAACGUAGCAGGAACGGCUAGCUUCAGCUCCGUUGUGGAGCAGUUGAGCGGUACCUGAUUUGGCACCGAUGACCCAGGCACGGGUUGUGCCGGACUGACGACGCGCACCCCUGGCUUGGUGCGUGAGGCAGGACCGGACCGGGCUGACGAUGCGCACCCCUGGCUUGGUGCGUGGAGCAGCAACGGGCCGGACCGGGCUGACGAUACGCACCCCUGGCUUGGUGCGUGGAGCCGGAACGGGCCUCACCGGACUGACAACUCGCACCCCUGGCUUGGUGCGUGGAGCAGCAACGGGCCGGACCGGGCUGACGAUGCGCACCCCUGGCUUGGUGCGUGGAGCCGGAACGGGCUUUACCGGGCUGACGACUCGCACCCCUGGCUUGGUGUGAGUAGCAGGAACGGGCUGGACCAGGCUGACGACUCGCACCCCUGGCUUGGUGCGAGUAGCAGGAACGUUCUGGACCAGGCUGACGAUUCGCACCCCUGGCUUGGUGCGAGUGACAGGAACAGGCCGGGCCGGGCUGGCGACUCGCACCCCUGGCUUGGUGCGAGUGGUAGGAACAGGCCGGGCCGGGCUGGCGACGCACACCGUAGGCAUGGUGUGAGUGGCAGGAACAGGCCGGGCCGGGCUGGCGACUUACACCGUAGGCUUGGUGCGAGUGGCAGGAACAGGCCGGACCGGGCUGACGAUGCGCACCCCUGGCUUUGUGCGUGGAGCCGGAACGGGCUUUACCGGGCUGACGACUCGCACCCCUGGCUUGGUGCGAGUAGCAGGAACGGGCUGGACCAGGCUGACGACUCGCAUCCCUGGCUUGGUGCGAGUAGCAGGAACGUUCUGGACCAGGCUGACGAUUCGCACCCCUGGCUUGGUGCGAGUGGUAGGAACAGGCCGGGCCGGGCUGGCGACGCACACCGUAGGCUUGGUGCGAGGGGCAGGAACAGGCCGGGCCGGGCUGGUGACGCACACCGUAGGCUUGGUGCGAGUGGCAGGAACAGGCCGGGCCGGGCUGGCGACGCGCACCGUAUACUUGGUGCGAGUGGCAGGAACAGGCCGGGCCGGGCUGGCGACGCGCACCGUAGACUUGGUGCGUGGAGUAGGGACAGGCCGGGCCGGGCUGGCGACGCAACCCCGUAGGCUUGGUGCGUGGAGCAGGAACAGGCCGGGCUGGGCUGGCGACGCACCCCGUAGGCUUGGUGCGUGGAGCAGGGACAGGCCGGGCUGGGCUGGCGACGCACCCCGUAGGCUUGGUGCGUGGAGCAGGGACAGGCUGGGCUGGCGACGCACACCGUAGGCUUGGUGCGUGGAGCAGGGACAGGCCGGAUGGGCUGGCGACGCACACCGUAGGCUUGGUGCGUGGAGCAGAACAGGCCGGGCUGGGCUGGCGACGCACCCCGUAGGCUUGGUGCGUGGAGCAGGGACAGGCCGGGCUGGGCUGGCGACGCACCCGUAGGCUUGGUGCGUGGAGCAGGGACAGGCCGGGCGGGGCUGGCGACGCACCCCGUAGGCUUGGUGCGUGGAGCAGGGACAGGCCGGACCUGGCUGGCGACGCACACCGUAGGCUUGGUUGCGAGAGGCAGGAACAGGCCGGACCGGGCUGGCGACGCGCUCCGUCCCAUUGGUGCGAGGGACCGUAACAGGCCGGACCGUACUGGGGACACACACCACUGGCUCUACCCCGGGAUCUGGAACGGGCCGGACCGGACUGGUAACACAUCCCAGUACCUCUCGCCGUGCCUCUAAACCUUCCUUUCCUUCCUUUACCAGUGACCCCCCCGUAACCUGGUGGCCUUUGAAUACGCCCCUUUUUCUGCCUCCGUCAGCCCCGUCGUCCAUGCCCUGUGCCCCCCCCUAAAAAUUAUUUGGGGUUGCCUCUCGACCGUCCGACGACGACCCUGAUCACGCCGUUGCUCCUCUCUCCGUCGCCUCUCUACAGUCUCACUCCAUGGCCGGCGAUCCAUCUCGGCCAGGAUUUCCUCCCAGGUCCAGGACCCCUGUCCGUCCAAAAUCUGCUCCCACGUCCAGGCUGCCUGCUCCUGGACACGCUGCUUGGUCCUGGUAUGGUGGGUUCUUCUGUCACGAUCGUCAGGGAGAGAAGUAGACCAAUGCGCAGCGUGAUGAAUGAACAUGUUACUUUAUUAAUUAAAGCACGAACAAAAACAAUAAACGACUCGUGAAGUCCACGGUGACAAUGACCGAACACGGAACAAGAACCCACAAACACAAAGGGAAAACAGACAGUUUAAAUAUGGCUCCCAAUCAGAGACAACCAGCCAACAGCUGACACUCGUUGCCUCUGAUUGGGAGUCACUCAGGCCAACAUAGACAUACACAACCUAGAAUUCCCAACAUAGAAACAGAACACAUAGAAUGAACACACCCUGGCUCAACAUAUAGAGUCCCAGAGCCAGGGUGUGACAGAAUAGUGUAGACAAUAUGGUAGAAACUCCACCUGGCUUAAUCUACAGUAUGUAGAUGUUCAAUGUACCUCUUCUAAAAACCAAGUAUUCGAUACACUGCCGAUUUUGGAGGUUUUCCUGCUUACAAAGCAUGUAGAGGUCUGUAAUUUUUUUAUCAUAGGUACACUUCAACUGUGAGAGACGGAAUCUAAAACAAAAAUCCAGAAAAUCACAUUGUAUGAUUUUUAAGUAAUUAAUUUGCAUUGACAUAAGUAUUUGAUCACCUACCAACCAGUAAGAAUUCUCUCACAGACCUGUUAGUUUUUCUUUAAGAAGCCCUCCUGUUCUCCACUCAUUACCUGUAUUAACUGCACCUGUUUGAACUCGUUACCUGUAUAAAAGACACCUGUCCACAGACUCAAUCAAACAGAUUCCAACCUCUCCAUAAUGGCCAAGACCAGAGAGCUGUGUAAGGACAUUGUAGAAUUGUAGACCUGCACAAGGCUGGGAUGGGCUACAGGACAAUAUGCAAGCAGCUUGGUGAGAAGGCAACAACUGUUGGCGCAAUUAUUAGAAAAUGGAAGAAGUUCAAGAUGACGGUCAAUCACCCUCGGUCUGGGGCUCCAUGCAAGAUCUCACCUCGUGGGGCAUCAAUGAUCAUGAGGAAGGUGAGGGAUCAGCCCAGAACUACAUUGCAGGACCUGGUCAAUGACCUGAAGAGAGCUGGGACCACAGUCUCAAAGAAAACCAUUAGUAACAAACUACGCCGUCAUGGAUUUAAAUCCUGCAGCACAUGCAAGGUCCCCCUGCUCAAGCCAGCGCAUGUCCAGGCCCGUCUGAAGUUUGCCAAUGACCAUCUGGAUGAUCCAGAGGAGGAAUGGGAGAAGGUCAUGUGGUCUGAUGAGACAAAAAUAGAGCUUUUUGGUCUAAACUCCACUCGCCGUGUUUGGAGGAAGAAGAAGGAUGAGUACAACCCCAAGAACACAAUCCCAACCGUGAAGCAUGGAGGUGGAAACAUCAUUCUUUGGGGAUGCUUUUCUGCAAAGGGGACAGGACGACUGCACCGUAAUGAGGGGAGGAUGGAUGGGGCCAUGUAUCGCGAGAUCUUGGCCAACAACCUCCUUCCCUCAGUAAGAGCAUUGAAGAUGGGUCGUGGCUGGGUCUUCCAGCAUGACAACGACCCGAAACACACAGCCAGGGCAACUAAGGAGUGGCUCCGUAAGAAGCAUCUCAAGGUCCUGGAGUGGCCUAGCCAGUCUCCAGACCUGAACCCAAUAGAAAAUCUUUGGAGGGAGCUGAAAGUCCGUAUUGCCCAGCGACAGCCCCGAAACCUGAAGGAUCUGGAGAAGGUCUGUAUGGAGGAGUGGGCCAAAAUCCCUGCUGUAGUGUGUGCAAACCUGGUCAAGACCUACAGGAAACGUAUGAUCUCUGUAAUUGCAAACAAAGGUUUCUGUACCAAAUACUAAGUUCUGCUUUUCUGAUGUAUCAAAUACUUAUGUCAUGCAAUAAAAUGCAAAUUAAUUACUUAAAAAUCAUACAAUGUGAUUUUCUGGAUUUUUGUUUUAGAUUCCAUACAGACCUCUACAUUCUUUGUAAGUAGGAAAACCUGCAAAAUCGGCAGUGUAUCAAAUACUUGUUCUCCCCACUGUAUAUAUAUACAGUACCAGUCAAAAGUUUGGAAAGCUGUCAUCAAGGUAAAGGGUGGCUACUUUGAAGAAUCUCAAAUAUAAUAUAUAUUUUGAUUUGUUUAACACUUUUUUGGUUACUACAUGAUUCCAUAUGUGUUAUUUCAUAGUUUUGAUGUCUUCACUAUUAUUCUACAAUGUAGAAAAUAGUAAAAAUAAAGAAAAACCCUUGAAUGAGUAGGUGUGUCCAAAUUUUGACUGGUACUGUAUAUAUUUUUGCAAUUCGUAUGAUAUGUUAUGAACCCAACUCGCAACAUAUCAUACAAACUUGGUGUGCUUAAGAUCCUGUAGUGCAUUUUUAAGUGGACAAAAAAAGGAUUCUAUUCACUUAAACCAAUCGAUAAAUUAACCAAUCGCUCUCCCUUUGUAGAUCGUCACGGUGAACUGUGCCAGGAUUAUCCAUGGUAACCAGGUGGCUACCAAUGGAGUGGUUCAUGUCAUCGACCGUGUCAUCACUGCCGUGGGCAACACCAUCCAGGAUGCCAUGGAAGUUGAUGACAACCUCUCCUCCUUCAGCGUACGUACC